AGAUUAUUUGUCAAACAGAACAGAGAGUCGAGAUGGAAACUUUAACGAUUAAACCCGUAAAUGCGGAGUAUUUUGAUCAAGGACAUGUUAUGAAUAACGAAUGGUCAAGAUAUCUUUCAUUUUUGAAUUUCCCUAAAGAUUCGUUUCUGAUGCCAACAAGAUUGGCCCAGGCCGGAUUUUAUUACACUGGCUCAGGAGAAAAAGUUACUUGCUUCUGCUGUGGAAUACAAAAUGAAAUUUGGAGUGAGAAUGAGACCGUGUUAGACGUUCACAGGCGACUUUCGCCUCAUUGUAGGUAUAUCUGUGGCGAGGAUACUACUAAUAUUCCUACGCACGAUCAUAGUAGUAUGUUGACAGUAACUGUACCAACAUGUUCAAAAGGAUCAUAUAUAAGCAAAGAAAAUAAGCAAGAACAAAUUGGAAGUUUAGUUAAACAUUCAACAGAUGUAAAAGAAGAACAGUUAUUAGGUAACAGCGGGAAUAGUAAAAUGUCAAAUCACGUACAUCAGCCUUAUUCUGAAGAAACAAUGGAUAUAGCGAACAACGGUACUAUAAAGGAGAAAAAUGAAAACGAGACAUCCAAGAAUUUGCUAAAAACUGAAAACAGGUCUAAACACAAGUCAGAAAAGCAGAGAUUACUGGAGGAAAACCGUACGCUGAGGGAUCUUAUCACCUGCAAGAUUUGCUUUGACAAUGACGCAUGCGUCGUGUUUCUUCCGUGCGGACAUUUAGCGUCUUGUGUAGAAUGUUCGAAAUCUUUGAGAAAAUGUGCAGUUUGUAGAACUGUAGUGCAAGCAACAGUCAGGGUGUAUCAAGCUUGAAAUGCUUAGUGUAGCCGGAUGUCAGCUGCAAUAAAUUGACUUGUAUUUACUUAUCUGCUUGCUCUUACAAGAGUGGUUUUGUUUAUAAAUGAGUUUUACCAAUUUGAAAGUAAAUCAAUGAUAAAACAUGAAACCAUUUAUGCUUACAUUAUCUCCCAAUCAUAAUGUAUCUGAAGAAUGCAUAUAAUUGUCAACAUUUUAUGUAUAUGUAUGUAUAUAUAUUAUUUUGUUAAGUUUGAUAUUGUUUUAUCAGUAAUCUUACUACUUAGUAUGCACUGCAUGUUGCAACUGAACUACCUCAAAUGCAUUUAUGUUGUUACUUUAUGGUGUAUGUUUCUUUAUAAGAAAUUUUAUAUCUAUUUGUUGUUAUCGUUGAAGGCAGCAUAUGUUAAAUUGGUUGUGAUAAGUGCUCUGUUUUAUUUGCAUAAUGUAUUGUGCAAUUGUAUGAAUCAGUUGUGAAAGUUGGUUGUUACAACGUAUCUUAAUCCUAUUCGAUGUUGCUCAUUGCAAAGCUGGAGUGGUCUUCUGCGCAUGUUCGGAAGUGAUAAUCAAUUGAGUACACGGUAAAAAUACGCAAAUAAUUGCAUGUCCGCACGCAUUUAUAGUGUAUAAUAUGUAUACUAUACUGACUAUAGGUUAGGAUUAGUAUUACCAUUGUUACAAAAUAUAUACGUUAAAGAAACUUACCAUUCAAACUGCUUAUAUCCGGUAUAUACCGGAGUUUGUAAUUUACACAGGAGCUCCAGGUCUGCAGUGAGUCACAGUCAAUACUAUUUCAUUUGUUGCUCGUUGUUGUUUCAAAUAUAUUUGUUCUGUAAAAGGUGAGAAACGGCGUAAAGAAAGUAAGAAUAAACUGUG